AUGGCUUCCUCCAAGGUCGUCUGCUCCUUCAAGGGUUGCUUGCAGGAUUUCGACUCCGAGAAGGCCAUGCGAGCCCACAAGAUGUACGACCCCAAGCACGAGUACUGCGCCAAAUGCAACAUGGACUUCGGCGACCGCACCGAGUACUACAUUCACCGCAUCAUGAGUAACAAGCACUUCAUGUGCCCGAUUUGCACGGUCGAGUUUCGGAGCAGCACGGGUCGCGAGAUCCAUAUCCAGAACAACCACAAGCGCGACCAGAAUAUCAUCUGUACGGGCUGCAAAAGCAGUUUCAAAUCCGCUGCCGGUCUGAUCAUACACAUUGAGCGCAAUGAGUGUGACGGGAUCACCUUUGCGCGUCUGACGCAGGAACAGGCUCGCCGGUCCCUGAUCAAUGCUACCCUCAAGAAGGACCCGAAGGCUGCCGUUCCGCCUGCGCCGUGGGCUUCCUCGACUGCUACCAACACCGAUGACCAGGACGGCGGCGUACGUCUGAACAUCGACACAGCCAUCAGCGAGGCCCUCGCCUCCCAGCCGCAGCUCCCGGGCUCGGCCAGCGAAGACGACGCCGCAACUCUAUCUCAGCAGCAUUGGCCUGCUCUCACACCCAUGAAAGCCGAACCGAAGUCGAAGCCAAAGCCCGCUGGUCAAACUUUCACUCUGCCCAUCCGAUCUGCAAAGCCUGCUCUUGCUCUCGAGCCUGUUACUACUGACCCCUUCACCUUCACUCUGCCGAUCCGAUCGGGAAAGCUUGAUCAUGCAAACGAACCGGUCACCAAGACAUCUGUGAACCUGCCCACUGACCCUCUGGCGACAACCAAGGAAGAGCAAGACGAGCCCCUCACCCCAAGCCUCCCGACCGGGCCCGACGAUCUGAUCUCUUUCGACGACGAUCCCGUCCCUGCGAAAGGCGGCAACACGGUCUUCGGCACGAAUCGCCGCGCCGUGCGCGAAGGCACCUUCGGUAUUGGCGACAUCCAUCCUAUCAGUUUGAUCCUCGACAAGAAUGCCCGCUGGGACGCAUCCAAGUUCUUUAACAAGGAGAUCGGUCGGUACAUCUGCAACUGCGGACAUGCGUUUGCGCGCAAGGACGAUUUCGAGACGCACAUCGUGACGGAGCGCGAGAAUCGGGAGCGUGAUGUGUAUGCCUUCUUCCUAUCUCCCCUCACCCCGGUUUGUUUUUUUAUCUACUUCAAGAACCUGGACGAACUGACAGAUAUGCAGUUGCCCCAAAUGCCACAAGACCUUCAACUCCACCUCCGCCCUCAUCGGCCACAUGGAAUCCGUCCGUUCCCGCUGCGGCAUGCGCGCAUACGCAGAUUUCGGACAUGCCCUCGAUGA